UCAUUAAGUUAAUUUAUGUGGAUUGCGCAUGGAAGGAUGUCCUUAUGAAAUGUCCAAUAACACGACACGACUUAUAACGUCCAUCUGCAUAUACCUUGUGGUAUGUCAUUGUCAUUACAAUUUAUAAAUGUCACUAAAAAUGAGCUAAAUUUACGACACGAUUGAGCAAAAGCAUAGCAAAAGUUAUAGAAAUGCACAAAAGAGACGAUGAGAAUGGUAUUUGAAUGCCAUGAUGCCCCAUAACCCUUUCACGCAAUAAUGUUUUUGAGAUCUCUCCUCUCUGAAUCUCAACCUGCUAAAUGUAUGCCACGUACACGUCCACACAUUCACGUUGAAAUCGCUUCAACAAUACAAUAGGACACUUUAUAAUUUUAAAUCUAAGCAUAAAACCUAACGGAAAUUUACAUCUUCGCCUCAACUUUAAACCAUCAAAUCAAAGUAAAAAUAAUAAUUUGUAGUUGUUGUAACUUGUGUAAAAUUGUGCAAUUGAUUGAUAUUGUACUUUUUAUAUCAAUAUUGCUUGAUUGAGGGUGAAAGUAGUGUCGUUCGUGAAGGGAUAGCAAUGUUAAGCUAAAAUCCAACCAAACUUUAAAUCCUUGUCCUCCAGUCGGUUUAAGUCGUCGUGCAUAGUGUGGCAAUAAGUAAUCUGUAAUCUUAACUUUUCACCAUUUUUAAUACUUCCACUCUGUCGGAGGUUAAGUCUCUGUAUGUAAUUAGUUAGAGCUUAAGUGCUAAAAACGUCCAUGAUGCAGUACUCAUCGUCUUCUUAUCACUACUCUUCCUCACUGAGGAGGAGGGUGAGACUCUGUUUCGCCUUUGUGGUCGUAGUGGCCGUGUUGAAGGGGGCGGAGGGUCAAAGGGUCGCCCCAGGAGUGCCACCACAACAUUACAACCAGCACGAUCCCAACCAACAGUUUCAACAUCAGCAACAACAGUUCCAACAGCAACAAGGGUUUGGUCAGGGUCAUCCUCCACCUCCUCAACAACAGCACCACCAACAACAACAAUUCCAGCAACCCCCCGCACCUGGUGUCCCUCCACAACAGUUCCAACAACAGCAGCACGUUCCACACCAGCAAGUCCCAAUUCAACAACAAGGUCAUGGUGCACCUCCGCCCCAACAACACCAGCAACAACAAGUCGCGGCGAGUGGAGGUCACGGACAUGAGCAUGGAGGUCAAGCUCCAUUCUCAGGUCAUGGUCAACCACUUCUGGACACUUCUAAUAUUGGACAAGAGAGACAGCAUAUUCAAGAGCACAUGGAUGUACCCAUCGACACAUCACAAAUGAGCGAGCAAGAGUUACAAUUUCACUAUUUCAAGAUGCAUGACGCCGAUAAUAAUAAUAAGCUCGACGGUUGUGAACUAGUGAAAAGUUUGAUUCAUUGGCACGAUGCGUCAAAUCACGACCAUCGUGGAGGAACGCCCGUGCCCGAGCCUAAAGUAUUCAGUGAUGAAGAAUUGAUAAAUAUGAUCGAUCCCAUACUCAAAAACGAUGAUAAGAACGGUGAUGGGUUUAUCGAUUAUGCCGAAUUUUCAUUGGCACAAGCACAGGCGCAAAAAAACGCUCAGCAGCCGAAACCCCACUAAAAACUGGAAAUAUGGCAAGAACUGAAAAAAUCGACUGAACCAUGCAAAUGACGACGCUGGACGAUCGGAUAUAAAAUUGAUUAUUAUGACAUUUCCUUCAACGAUUCCUAUUUUAAUUAAUUACCGUUUCUUUGAAACCUUUUAUCAUCCUGCAUUUUAACUAACUUACGACUUUUAUCAAGUUUGACAUUUAAAAAAUUUGAAAUAUAGUAUUUUUUUAAUUGGAUGAAAAUUAUGUGGAGUUGGUAAAUAAUAAAUUAUCAUUACGAGGGUGCUUUUUAUAACAUGC